UCUUCACCACGUAUCUUACAGCUCACAGCCACUGAGGGGGCCAGCAGCUUUGACGAUGUUUAAUAACCCGUUUCCGAAGUAACAUUUCGGGGUCCAGUAACUUCAGAUGCUAAUUAAUAUCGACAUCUUUAAAUAAAAUUAAUAUGGCAACUAAAAUUAGAAUAAUUUCCUAAUGUUUUCACACUUUCUCAUCAGUUGUGCGGCGAACUUCUCGUUUGUGACAGAAGGCGGCAUGGCGGGUGGUAACCUGACUGACUGACAGACAUCAGUAGUGUGCUGUCACACAGGGAGGUUUCCGGAGCUUAAACGUGUGUCUCUCUGCCUUUUGCGCAAUGAAGGACCAAAACUACGGAGAAGAAAUUAAAAAAAUACUGGAAGAGGGACCCUCUGCUCGUAAAGCACUUGUAGAGAACUACGACAAUUUACACAAAGUAGCUGAAUACUGCGAGAGGAACUACCUGCAGCAGUCUGGUAAUGAUACCGACAAAGCACUGGAGGAAACCAAGGCCUUCACUACCCAGUCCUUGGCUAGUGUGGCCUAUCAGAUCAGCUCUAUGGCCACCAAUGUGCUCAAACUGCUGGAAGCACAGACCCUACAGCUUCGCAAGAUAGAGUCCUCCAUCAACCAGAUUGGACAGACGGUGGAUAUGCACAGAGAGAAGGUGGCUCGUCGAGAGAUUGGAGUUUUCACGGUUGCCAAGAGGGUUCCACGAAAUCACAAGAUUGUCCCCCCUGCAAAAAGUACAGAGCCCAAGCCCGAGUACUCCCGUAUACCCAUCUCUUUCUCCAGCCUGGACUCUAUAGGCCAUGGUGUGAAGGAUUCUGGGCAGCAACAGUUAAAAACAGCGACCAUGACGCGCAGCAGCAGCACAAUGAGUCGGGGCAGCCAUCCUCCUGAGCCUGUCCAAUGUCCUAUGGCACCCACUCUGUCCCGUGGAGCAUCCAUCAAUUCACUUAAUGACAAGUUUAUUGUUUCAAGCUUUGGUAAAGCCGUACCACCUCCUGUAGUGCCCAGUUGGCCCACCAGCUCUGAUGGUGAUGGUGACAUCAGCAGCACCCUGCUGGAUGAAGGCCCACCCCCUCCACCCCCACUGAUGGAGACAGAAGGUGAGCAGGAUCAUCUGCAGGGUACUGGUCCACCUCCUCCACUUGACUGUGCCGACAUCCCCCCACCCCCUCCCAUGCCCACUUCAGUGAACACAUCUGAUCCAAGCAGCCUGAUGACCAUACCACCUCCUCCACCAGCUCCACCUCUUGAAACAGUGGCCGAAGAGAAUGGAUUUCCACUACCAGGGCCUCCCAUUGACAUGCCGCCUCCACCAACCCCUGAUGGCUUUGAUCUUCCAGAGCCUCCACCUCUGCCUGGGGAUAAGAACAUUGAAGACUUUGAGAUUCCAGCUCCGCCCCCAUCUCCACCAGUAGAAGGUUUUGAUGACUUUGAGGACAUGCCCCCUCUACCGCACCCUAUUGAUUACGACAUGUCAGCACCAGCUGACUAUUUGGAGAAAGUGGUGGCACUAUACAGCUAUGACACAGGCAAGCUUGGUGACUUGGUCUUUCAGGAGGGAGAUAUCAUCUGUCUUACCAGCAGGAAUGAGGAUGGCUGGUGUGAGGGAGUUCUGCAUGGGGUUAAGGGUUACUUUCCUGGCAACUAUGUGGAGUCCACCACUUAACUGAAUCUUCUAGAACUUGAAUGUCAGCGAACAAACAACUGAUCACCAUGGAACCUCAAAAUUCAAAUAUGAUCAAGAGGCAUAUGGGAAGAAUAUAGUAUCAAAAUUAUACACAAAUGCGUAAACACUUAUCCAUCAAUUCGAUAAAUGUCAUGCAUCUUACUAUCUACACACAGAUGCCUUUGUGUCACACAGUGAAAUUCCAAAUUAAAUUAAUGUGCACUUAUUUGUACAAAUAGACAUAUAACCAAAUGAAGUUGCAUUGGUGGCUCAGCAGUUAAGGCUCUGGGUUACUGAUCAGAAGGUCAGGGGUUCAAGCCCCAGCACCGCCAAGAUGCCACUGUUGGGCCCUUGACCCUAUCUGCUCCAGAGGUGCUGUAUCAUGGCUGACCCUGCACUCUGACCUGAUAUGUGAAAAAAGGAAUUUCACUGUAUAUGUGCAAAUGUAUAAUGUGUGAUAAAUCAAUAAAAUUAAUUAAAAAUUAAUUAGCCUAGUGAAGCAUUGAAUGUGCAUUUGUGGAUUAAGUGACGCAUGUGUUCAUUGACAUGUUUUUGUGUCUAUUCUGUUUUAUUUCGUUUUUUUCUGCAUUAAUGCUUUUUAUUUCUCUCAUUAAAAAAUUCAAAAUAAUGCAGGAAGGUUUGGAUACUCCUAUUGUGUUAUAUGAGCCCAAGAAGUAACAGCUUCUGACUGUGAGACAGGAUGCAGUGGGUAUGGGGUGGGCUAUAUGACCAAAAUUCUAUAUCACGGUAACACUAUAUAUCACAAUAUAAGAUUUUUUUUCCUGGAAAAUAAAAGGUUAAAUAACCAUGUGUUAGGGGUGGACAAUAUAAGCAAUUAAGUAUAUAGUAACUGAAUUUACAUUUUUGGUCAAUAAUGAUAUGUAUGGUAUGGAAUAUAGCCUACACAUUUUGAUUCAAAAACUUAUUGUAUAUUUAAAAUGAUGCCCAAUGUAGCUUAAUGGAAGCCUGUCAUGUCCAUUAUCACAAUAUAAAAAAUAAUAUUUGAUCUACUUUAACUACUUUUGCGUCUAUUUUCAAUACAAGCACAAAUAGGCUUUUCUAUUUGAAUAUAAGCAUUUGCUUUGAUUCUGAAACAAAGCCCUCGAUCACUGUUUUGUUUUGGAUUUUGUCUUCCGUUAGAUAUUGGAAACAGUUUUGGUAAUUAGUCUACUUGAUAUAAAUGCACUGUUGACAAAGGUGUUAUUUAUUAAUUCCUAAUGUAACUCAGAUCACUUCUCUCCCCGUGCUUGCGGGAGAACAGUCGGUAGAAAAGCUUGAAUGUGUCUAUGGUAAAUAAUUAACAGCUGCUGAGGCGCGGGCUGUGUACAUGCGCAUCAUAAACAGGGCUCUCAUCCAAUAAUGUGAGACUGCACCUUAUAAUGCAAAAAUAUAUUCCUCCUGCGUUUGACUUGUUUUGGAGUCAUCCUGCAUUCUUUUUGUUCAUCUAUCUCCGUGUUUGUUUGUUGUUCUGUCUUACUAUCAGUCUCACCUUCAGCCAAGUGGAGCAUUGCAUGCACAGAUAUUUGCAUACCACGAUAUAGACAAAUAGAAACAUUUCUACCGAUUGAGACUAUUUCGUCGCCACGAUAUAUAUCGCCAUUCCGCCCAGCCAUAUUGGAUACUACAACAUUAAGAACUGUACUUAUGCUUUGACUACACAAACAGAUAUUUCCUAUUGCGUAGACAGGAAUUUCAGUCUAGAAACUUAGUUAAGAUCGAAGUAGCAGACUCUAACGUUGACCUGGAAGAAAGAUUAGGUGUUGGAAUCCUAUUAGCUAGAAAGCUACUAACAUGACACACAAACAUAUUGUCACCAGGAUUUACACUCUAAAAUGGGCUUUUUUCGCCUUUUAUAAUGUGACAGGACAUUAUCCUUGGUUGUAUAGGAGAAAUAAAGAUUCUUCCUGCUGAUCUCAGAUGCUGUUUCUUUGAAGUGCCGCUUGUAAACUGAGCAUGCGAGUGACUUUGUGAAUAAACUACACCCCACCUGAUGGUACAUCUGUAAAAUGAGACCACUGUCUAGUGGUAGCUGCUUUUAUUACACAAAGUUUUGUGUGGAUUGUGCAAGGCAAAGCCAGCGGAAAGGAAGUCUCAAAAUUCAAAUGAAUGAAACGUAAAUCACACAAAAAGUUGUCAAUGAAUGCAGGUGUGCCACUUGAUCCACAAAUGCACAUUCGACGCUUCACAAGACCAUUUUGUGUUUCAUUUGGAACAUCUUCAUUUGGUUGCAUACACAAACUGAUUUAUUUGUACAAAAGGGAACAUUUAUAUUCACAAAUAUGUCUCUAUUUGUACAAAUAGCUGCACAUUCAUUUAAUAAUAAAUUACACAGGCACAAGUAAAAAGACAUUUGUAUAAGGCUAAUAACAUGCAUUUGUGAAGUUUUCCCAAAUUGAUGGGUAGGUGUAACCAUACUUAUGGAUGAAUUUAGGACUUAUUCAUUGGUAGUUGUUUGUGUGUGGGUCAGCCAUGGUAAAAACAGCGAAACAAAAGUCUCAUAGAAAUAAAACAGAAUAGACACAAAAACAUGUCAAUGAAUGCAUGCGUCACUUGAUCCACAAAUGCACAUUCAAUGCAUCACAAGGCCAUUUUGUGUUUAAUUUGGAACAUCUUCAUUUGGUUAGACAUGCAAAUUGUGUUACAUUUAUACAAAAGGGAACAUUUAUAUUCACAAAUAUGUCUCCAUUUGUGCAAAUAGGUGUGCUUUCAUUUUAUUCUGAAUUUCACAGACACAAGUUGAAAGGCUUUUGUGUGUGGAUAGUAAGAUGCAUGUAUGACAUUUAUCGAAUUGAUGGAUAAUUGUUUACACAUUUGUGAAUAAUUUUGAUACUAUUUUCUUCCCAUAGUGAAACACUGUAAUCUACCGAAUGAUUGAUUGUUUGGUGCCAUAGAAAUGGUCACCCUCUUAGAAUGAUGAAAUAUUCCAAAAAAUUUGCUAAAAUGCUGACUUGAUGUUUCCAUCAGUGAGGUGAGCUUGUGUUUAUGAUAAAAAAAAAAAGCCUCUUGUAUUAAGCUUAGUUUGGUUUUAAAUAAUGAUAAUGAUUUUCUAAAAUCUCUCAGGACUUAGUGUAAAUGUACAACAUAUAAGAAACCAAAUUUAUGCACAUUUAGCUGUACUUGGUCAGUUGUUUAAUUUCAUCAUGCAGAUUGUGAAUGAUUAUUAUCUAAUUCUGUAGACAAUAUUUCUGUAUAGUUUUAAUAGGCUGUUAUGCACAGUAAAUAAUGAAAUAAUGUAUCACUUGAAAUUUUUUUUUUUCAUUUUGUGUGCCAUAAUUUAUGUACUUAAACCUUUAUGACAAGGUGAUCAUGCUAAAUUCAUAAUACUUGAGUACUUAAAGGAAAAGUUCACCCAAAAUUGAAAAUUAUGCCAUCCCAGAUGUGUAUGACUUUCUUUCUACUGCAGAACACAAAUGAAGAUUUUUAGAAGAAUAUCUCAGCUCUGUAGGUCCAUACAGUGCAAGUGAAUGGUGGCCAGAACUUUGAAACUCCAAAAAGCAUAAAAAGGAAACAUAAAAGUAAUCAAAAUUAAAUCUAAAUUAAAUCUAAAUCUUCAGAAGCGAUAUAAGUGUGGGUGAGAAACGGAUCAAGGUUUAAGUCCUUUUUGAACUCUAAAUCUCCACUUUCACAUUUACAUCUGAAAGUCACAUAUGGUGCCUGUUUAGUUUCACUUUCACAUUUGAAAGUAGGUGAAAGUGAAGAUUUUUAGCAAAAAAGGUCUUAAAUAUUGAUCUGUUUCUCACACACACCUAUCUUAUUGCUCGGAUCUUCGUUUGUGUUCUGCAGAAGAAAGAAAGUCAUACACAUCUGGGAUGGCAUGAGGGUGAGUAAAUGAUGAGUGAAUUUUCAUUUUUGGGUGAUCUAUCCCUUUAAAUCACCUUCAAAUGCAAUAUUUUUAAAAACUCAUAUUCUUUGUUGACUUCUCUACCUAUGCCAAUUUUCUCUUUUACUCUGGGAACAUUUAAAAGUGUACAAGUGAACAUUUACAUGAAUAUCACCAUAAUUCACAGUUGCAAAUUCACUAUUUUGCAAAACCAAGUUUGUUUAAUUUCUAUAGAAUCAAUCAAAUGUCAAAAACAAUUUUAAUGUCUGGGAAUAAAGCUCUAUUACUUUCA